GCUAGUUUUCUCACUCAGGGUUUGUUGUAAUUUAUUCUUAUCUCAAGUGUCUGCGGCCAUUAUCCAGAUAACCAAAUCUUCUUCAACAAGAGGAGGCUCUUUGUCACAUUUUCAUCUAGCUUCUCAGAGAGAGGCAUGCCACAGAACGUGUCAGGCAUGAGCAGUGGGCAUACCAGGCGGCGAGAGGAGUUGAAGGUUGUGAUAUUAGGUGAUGGUGGAUGUGGGAAAACCUCCCUCCUCAUGGUUUACACUAAAAAAUACUUUCCAGAGUGGUACCCCGAGGUGCAUCACUUCUGCCAUGGCGUUCCCAUUAUCCUGGUAGGAUGCAAAACAGAUCUGCAGAAAGACAAGGUCUUGGCAAGGAAACUAUGGUCCUCAGGCCAGAACCCCAUCACAUACAUCCAGGGUGAAGAGACCAAAAGGAAGAUCAAAGCUGAGCUCUACUUGGAGUGUUCAGCCAAAUACAAGGAGAAUGUGGAGGACAUAUUCAGAGGCUACCAAACGAGCCCUUGCAGCAACAAGGAAAUCCAGAAAGGCAAAGAGGAACGGAUUCUGUGCCCUUCUGUGACCCAAGAGAUAAUGCUAUCCACCACCGUGAGCUCCUGAUACAGACAAUACUCUAGCCUUACUCAGGGAAAACACAGAUGAUGACAGAGUCCUUCUCCCUACGAGUCCUCUUAUAAUAUUGUUGCUGCAUUUUACCCUUCUGCUAACCGACUUGUUUUUCCUUCCUGCUAAUUCUUGACAUAUUGUCAAAAUGUGUUUCUUUAAUAGAAAUGAACAACGGACCUCAAGUUAUAGAACCACAAAUGGGGACAUUUGGUCUUCGAAAAUUAAGGAUGCAUGAGGAAGAAGUUGAAGGUACCAUUGUAUAAAAAUUGAAAGUUCCAUUGUAUUUUUCAUUUUGACGCAUCCAAAUCUUUGAAUUUAUACAAAAGAGAAGGUUGACUCAAACAGUAAUUCAUAUAGUACAUCUCAUAGUUGUAAAAACAAAACAAAAAAAAGAACCUUAAUAUGAUUAAAUGAAGCAACAUAAAUCUGGAUUAGCUUGUAGAAUUCAUUCUUCGGUAAGCCUAGCGUUGUUAUGCAUAAUAACAAUUGCACAUUGACUCCAGUCCUUCCAAUGACUAUGAAUGUAAUCAGAUAUGACAUACAAAAUAUGUAUAAUGUAUUUCAUAAAUGUCAAUGAUUGUCUAAU